UCACUGGUCAACGCCAUGUGCCCCAGAGGGAAUGAACAGAACAGGUCACAGUCAAGUGAUCCAUUCCCAGCCUCUGAGUUUCCAGUUUUCACACCUGCUGUGAUCUCCCAUCUGGAACAAGACAAAGACACGUGGGUCCCAGAUCUCCAUGAUUCAGAGAUCCUGGGAGGUACCUGCACAAGGGAGGAAUCAUUCAGUCAAUUCGAAACCUGUCCGUGUCUGAAGGAAACAGCUGAGAUUCACGACAGAGACCUUGUGAGUUCUCCGAGUUCAGGAUUGUCCCCAGCAGGUGAUGGGAUGCCGAGUGAGAAGGAGGAGCACCAACCUCAGCUGGAAGAUGCUGAGCAAGAUGAAUCACAUGGGACAUUAUUGCAAAUAUCUGAGGAGGACGAUUCCAGGAGUCGUGAGCAGAGAGAAGGUCAGAGUCACAGGCCAGAGAGGAAGCAGGGAAACCAACCAGGGAAGAAAUUGAAUAAAUCCAUUAAUAGUUGGGGACCUCACAAAUACAUCAAGGAAACCACAGCCCAGCCGAAAAUCCACACAGGAGAGAGAAACAACACAUGCUCCGAGUGUGGGAAAAAUUUCAGUAGGCACUCAGUUCUUCUUAAACAUCAGAGCACCCACACAGGGGAAAGACCCUAUGAAUGCCGUGAGUGUGGGAAAACCUUCACUCAGAGAUCAUCCCUUAUUAAACAUCGGCGAAUACACACGGGAGAGAGACCCUAUGGGUGCUGUGAAUGUGGGAAAAGCUUCACUCAGAGAUCAACCCUUAUUAAACAUCAGAGGAUACACACGGGAGAGAGACCCUAUGCAUGCUGUGAGUGUGGGAAAAGCUUCACUCAGAGAUCAUCCCUCAUUACACAUCAGAGGAUCCACGCAGGGGCGCAAUCCUACGCGUGCGCUGAAUGCGGAGAAAGCUUCACCCGACGCUCAAACCUGAUUGUACAUCAGCGAAUCCACACCGGAGAGAGACCCUACCAAUGCUGCGAGUGUGCAAAAAACUUCACCAACAGCUCCUCGCUUAUGAAACAUCAGCGAAUCCACACGGGAGCCAGACCUUACGAAUGCCGUGAGUGCGCGAAAACCUUCACUCGCAGCUCGCACCUCAUUGCGCAUCAGAGAAUCCACACCGGAGAGAGACCCUAUGAAUGUGGCGAGUGCGGGAAAAGCUUCACGGAUAGUUCAGACCUUAUUAAGCAUCAGAGGAUCCACACGGGAGAGAGACCCUAUGAAUGCAGCGAGUGUGGGAAAAGCUUCAUGGACAGCUCAGACCUUACUAAGCAUCAGCGAAUCCACACAGGAGAGAGACCCUAUGAAUGCGGCGAGUGCGGGAAAACCUUCUCUCACAGCUCAGCCCUUAUGAUGCAUCAGAGAAUCCACACUGGCGAGAGACCCCACGAAUGCUGCGAGUGCGGGAAACGCUUCACUCAGAGCUCGGACCUAAUUAAACAUCAGAGAAUCCACACGGGCGAGCGACCCUACAGGUGUGGCGAGUGCGGGAAAGCCUUCACUUGGCGCUCGAGCCUAAUCACGCAUCAGAGAUUCCACACGGAAGAGAGACCCUAUGGGUGCCGUGAGUGUGGGAAAAGAUUCUUUGUCAGCUCAGCGCUCCGGGAACAUCAGAGAAUCCACAUUGGAGCCAGACCGUAUCAGUGCGGCGAGUGCGGGAAAAACUUUACUCGCAGCUCAAACCUCAUUAGACAUCAGAGGCUCCACCCGGCCUAGAGACACUCUCGAUGUUCUGAGCAUGGGAAAACUCAGCCCUUACUUCUCACGGGAGAAUUUGCAAGGGAAACAAACGCCAUAAAAACCUUAUUUAAGGCUGACCAUUUUUAGUUAUGUUUUUUCCUAAUUCCCUCUUAAAGACUUUUUGAACUACCAUCUAUACUCAUUCAUAAGCCGAAUCUUUUUGGUAAAAAAGUGACACAUCAAA